GGAGCUGAAGUCCGGGAGCACGGGAGGCACUGGGAGCGCCGGGGCAGAGUUCACUGGGCGUGCUGGGAGCUGUGAGCGCUGUACUGGCUGGCUGUGGCAGGACACUGACCCCCUGUCUCUGCCCAGGCUGGCUGCGGCAGCAUGGGGGGGAUGCUGGCGCUGCCCCCGGGGCAGGGACCCCACCAGGUGGGCUGCACGGAUGUCAUGGUGGGCCACACGCGGCAGGGGCUUUUCCUCCGCCUCUUCUACCCGUGCCUGCCCCGGGCGGGGGCCACGGAGCCGCUCUGGGUGCCUCGCCCCGAGUACUGCGGGGGCCUGGCCGAUGUCACCCUGGGUCGCCGCUGGUGCUCCGCCCUGCUCGGCAUCGCCAUCGGCUCCUGCAAAGUCCCGGUGAGCUGGAACGGGCCCCUCAAGCCCCGCAGCAGCGGGUACCCCCUGAUCAUCUUCUCCCACGGCCUGGGGGCCUUUCGGACCUUGUACUCUUCCAUCUGCACGGAGCUGGCGUCCUGGGGCUUCGUGGUGGCAGCGCUGGAGCACAGGGACCACUCUGCUGCCACCACCUAUUUCUGCCCGGCAGAGGCUGGCACGGAGGAGUGGAUCCCCUUCCAGAGGGUGCCCCAAGGGCAGAAGGAGUUUUAUUUCCGAAACAAGCAGGUUCACCUGAGAGCUCAGGAGUGCGUGCGGGCGCUGCGGCUCUUCCAGAGCAUCGCCGGCGGCAGAUCUGUCCCCAGCAUCCUCCCCCAGGACUGGGAUCUCUCCGUGCUGAAGGACAACCUUGAUCUGAGCAAAGUGGCCGUCAUGGGCCACUCCUUCGGGGGGGUGACAGCGGUGCUGGCCUUGGUGAAGGAGCCCAGCUUCAGGUGUGCCGUGGCUCUGGAUGCCUGGAUGUUCCCUCUGGAGAAGCUGCUGUACCCGGAGGUGCCCAGUCCCGUGCUCUUCAUCAACACCGAGAAGUUCCAGACCCCGGAGAGCGUGGCCAAGAUGAAGAGGCUGAGCUCCAGGAACAGCCAGACGAGGAUUGUGACCGUGCUGGGAACCGUGCACGAGGACCAGACCGACUUUGCCUUCCUCCCUGGGAAGCUCUUCAGCCUCAUCUUCGGCAGGAGGGGCACGCUGGAGCCCCGCAGGGCUCUGGCCAUCAGCAGCCGGGCAGCUCUGGCCUUCCUGCACAGGCACCUGAAGCUGCAGGAGCAGUUUGGGCAGUGGGACGAGCUCCUGGAAGGCGUUGGGGACUCGGUGGCUCCGGCUGCGCCGUUCGGCCGCUCGCGCCUGUAGCUGCUCCGAGGGCUCUGCUGGCACCUGGGGAGUGACAGAGGGACAGAGAGACAGACAGACAGAGUGACAGAGUGACAGAGUGACUCCUCCUUGCCAGCAAGGGCAGGAGGAGCCCUGAGGACAGCAGGACCUGGGCACAGCGCUGGUGUGCCCGAGGUGCCCAGGGGAUGUGCCAGCAGAGCCCUCCCUGCUCGUGUGCCUGCCCUGAGGGCUGUGGGAAUAAAAUCCCCAGGGAU